GCACGCAUCGCGGCGCGCGGCGGCACCCGUCUCUCACGCGCCGUCCCCGAGCCCUGUCCCUGCCUCGCGCACGCGCCCGCGAGCGAGCGAGCGAGCACCUGUCCGCCUGUCCUGUUCUGUCCUGCGCUGUCCUCUCGAGACGCGCCCGCCGCGUGACGAUCCCGAGGAAGACGCCGCGAGGCUCCGAAAGAGAGCGAGAGAGAGAGAGAGAGAGAGAGAGAGGGGAGGCUGAGAGGAGGAGGAGGAGGAGGAGGAGAGAAGGAAGAGAGAGGAGAAAGAGAGAGGUCAUCGCGCCCUGUCCGCAUUCCGAUCCGUCGACAUGAAGAUGCUGAGAACAUGCCUGAUGUGCGUGGUGGUGGCGGCGGCGGCGCUGGAGCUGUGCGCGGUCCGAGCUGGAAAAGUGAACAAGCACAAGCCCUGGAUUGAGACGUCCUACCACGGCGUGAUCACCGAGAACGCGGACACCGUCCUACUGGACCCUCCCCUGGUGGCCCUGGACAAGGAUGCCCCCAUUCCCUACGCAGGUGAGAUCUGCGCAUUUAAGAUCCACGGGCAGGAUGCCCCAUUCGAGGCGGUGGUGCUGAACAAGACUUCAGGCGAGGGUCUUCUGCGGGCCAAGAGGCCCAUCGACUGCGAGGCACAGAAGGAGUACACUUUCAUCAUCCAGGCGUACGACUGUGGAGCGGGGCCCAGCGGAGCCAGCUGGAAGAAGUCUCACAAGGCGGUGGUGCACAUCCAGGUGAACGAUGUGAACGAGUUCCCGCCCGCGUUCCGGGAGCCCAUGUACCACGCCGCGGUGACGGAGGGCAAGAUCUACGACAGCAUCCUGCAGGUGGAGGCGAGCGACCAGGACUGUUCGCCGCAAUACAGCCAGAUCUGCAACUACGACAUCGUCACGCCGGACACCCCGUUUGCUAUCGACCGCAACGGAAACAUCCGGAACACGGAGAAGCUCAACUACGACAAGCAGCAGCAGUACGAAAUCAUGGUGACGGCUUUCGACUGCGGCCAGAAGAGGGCGACGGAGAGCGCCGCGGUGCACAUCGACGUCAAGCCCGUCUGCAAGCCCGGCUGGCAGGGCUGGAACAAGCGGGUGGACUACGAGCCAGGCACCGGCAGCAAGCAGCUGUUUCCCAAGAUGCACCUGGAGACGUGCGACGGGCCGCUGUCCUCGGUGCGUGCCACCGUGGAGCUGCAGACCAGCCACAUCGGCAAGGGCUGCGACCGGGAGACGUACUCGGAGCAGUCUCUGCAGAAGCUCUGCGGAGCAUCGUCGGGAAGCACGGACCUGCUCCCCGCCCCCAGCGCCUCCACCAAUUGGACGGCAUCCCUGCUGACAGACAGCGGGCGCGACAGCGACCUCAUCUUCCGCUUCGAUGGGCGCCAGGCGGCCAAGAUCCCAGAUGGGGUGGUGCCGCAGAACCUGACGGACCAGUUCACCAUCGCCACCUGGAUGAAGCACGGGCCGAGUCCCGGCCUGCGGGCCGAGAAGGAGACGCUACUCUGCAACUCGGACAAAACCGAGAUGAACCGCCACCACUACGCCCUCUACGUGCACAACUGCCGGCUCGUCUUCCUGCUGAGGAGGGACUUCACACAGGUCGACACCUUCCGGCCGGCCGAGUUCCACUGGAAGCUGGAGCAGAUCUGUGACAAGGAGUGGCACUACUAUGUGAUCAACGUGGAGUUCCCUUUGGUGACACUCUACGUGGACGGCGUGACCUACGAACCUUACCUGGUGACUGAUGACUGGCCCAUACACCCAUCGCAGAUCGACGUUCAGCUCACGGUGGGCGCCUGCUGGCAAGGGGGUGAGGUGAUGAAGCCACGAUUCACCCAGUACUUCCGCGGGAGCCUCUCGGGCCUCACGAUCCGUCCAGGAAGGAUAGAGAGCCAGAAGGUCAUCUCCUGUCUGCAGGCUUGCAAGGAGGGCCUGGACAUCAACUCCCUGGAGGGCCUGGGCAAAGGCAUCAAGUUCCACUUCAACCCCGCCCAGUCCAUCCUGGUCAUGGAAGGCGACGACCUGGAGAACAUCAAUGCGGCGCUGAGGAAGGUCUCCUACAUCAACUCCCGGCAGUUCCCCACGCCCGGCGUACGACACCUCCGCGUCUCCACUUCCGUGCAGUGUUUCGGCGAGGACACAUGCAUCUCGAUCCCAGACAUCGAGGCAGUGGUGAUGGUCCUGCAGCCCAGCGAGCCUCAGAUCACCAUUGCCGGGGCAGAGCGACUCACCCGACCGGCCGGCGAGCUGCGUGACCCCGCCGGGCUGCUGCUCUUCCAGGACCUGCACAUCGUCAGCACCAUCACUAGGAGCGAUAGCUCCGCCCACAGCUCCGCGCGGGGCCCCGGCGUUCUCGAGGAGAUCAUACACAACCUGGAUUACUGCGACAUCCUCGUCGUCGGGGAGGAGCUGCAGCCCGAGCGGGAGAGCCUGGAGCUGCCGCACAGCGCGCUGCUCGGGAAACACCUGGACGCCACCAACUCCACCUCCGGCAUCUCCAUCUACGGUGUCGACUCCAUGUCCAACUAUGAGCAGGUUAUCAGACAGGUGAGGUACCACACCUGGCACACGGCAGCGAUCGCCGACCGCAAGUUCCGCCUCACUUGCUCCGAGCUCAACGGCCGCUACACCAGCAACGAGUUCAACCUGGAGGUCAGUGUGCUCCACAAUGAGGCGUCCAUGGACCAUGUCAAUCAUAUGGUGGCCCAGCCCCAGUACCUCCCCGUUCGCCAUCCUGUCGUGACCCACGGCUUCAGCUCCGUCUACAACUCCGCCAUCCCCAGCCUCGCCACUGUGGUCAUUGUGAUGUGCAUCGCCGCCCUGGUGGUCAUCGUGGUGCUGGGUAUCUACCGUAUCCACGUGGCCCACCAGCAGAGCUCCAGGGGCAGAGACGGGGCCAAGGACGGAGAGCUGGACUGGGACGACUCGGCCCUCACCAUCACGGUCAACCCCAUGGAGAACCUGGAGGAGACCCCGGCUGUCGACGAAGAAGCCAGCGACGAAGACGAGGAAGAGGACGAGGAGGAAGACGAGCUGGAGGAGGAAAUCACCAGCGCAGAGUCGGAAGACAGCGACGAAGAGGAGACACGGGAGCCCCAGGGGACCAAGAGGAGGGGGCAGUUGGAGUGGGACAACUCUGCAUUACCUUACUAGACACACACAUGCGCUCACACGCACGCACACACACACACACGCACACACACACACUCACACACAACCACAGCCAGACAACCUAUGCCUGAUUCUAAGGCUACCGACUCAUUGGUAAGACAGCCAUCUUUCAGAUUCCGGUGUUUUCUUUCUCCAAUCGAGCCACUUUAUACCUGCUUUUUACAAAGCGCCCUCUGCUGGUUUGGAAUGUGUACUGCACCAGAAAAAUUGCCCCCUAGAGAUUAUAGUCUGUUUUUUCACUGUAAAGAGUAGUUUAUUGCCUAUAAAAAUCAUAAGGAGCACCCAUAUAAAUCACAGUUCAUCAGUCGGUUUGGAUAUGCACACACUGACACCCCAAUGCCUGUACUUUAUUACAAAGACUCCAGUUAGCGGAACUGGUUUGUACUGGUUCAUAUUCGCUCUCCGGAUUAGCGUCUUCGGCAAAACCCACCGCUCCCUGGUGUUCCAACGAAAUAGAAGAAAUAGAAGAUGUUUUGUCAUUUUCUCCUUCUUAGUCUUGUUUAAAAAAAAAAAUCUGUAGUCUUGGCCCUAACAGCUUAUAAUUUUUAUGCUUUAGAAUAUGAAAUAAAAAUGCUUGUUAAUA